AUGAGCCUAAUGGGUCGGGGAAUGGCAGACGAAGCGCUAGUCCUUCUUCGUAUAAGACUAUGUGAUCUCAAUUUCAUCUUCUUCCUCUUCUCCGAUUCUCCCGACAGCAACUACAGCAAGUUGAAAUUUAUCGUAUCAAAUUCGGUAACUGAGGCUGUAACAAUUCGAUACUGCUUCUGGGUCCUCGAGGAUGCAAAAAAAUUGCGGUUGAAGAUCUUCAAUGGUCAGUUUGAAGAGCUUCAUCAAAGACAAUCUCAAUGGACCGUUCCUGACACAGAGCUAAGAGAAUCUCUCAGACUUGCAGUUGUUGAAGUCUUGUUGCCUGCAUACAGAUCUUUCAUUAAAUGUUUUGGAGCACUUGUUGAGAAUGGGAAAAAUCCCGAUAAGUAUAUAAGGUAUUCAGCAGAGGAUCUUGACCGGAUGCUUUGUGAAUUUUUCAAGGGUAAGACUUUGAACGAAGCAAGACGAUAG